CAACGAGGAGGAGGAGGCGGCCGGCAGAGCCGAGCGCUCGGGUGGCCCCGCGCGGGAGGCCCCCGGGACCGCGCCGGCUACGGGGCCGCGCCCCGAGCGCAGCUCGCAGCUGCCUGCUUGCCUUCUCUGUGGCGGAGAUGUGAUUGACCCCUGCUCUCUGUAGCACGUGGGGCUGUUCUUGGCAUUUCGCGGUGAUAAACAUCCUGGGCCACAUCCACCCGAGCCGAAGGGCCAUAUACAGUUAGCCAGGCUGUCCUUCCGGAUUUAUGACCACCCCUCCCACCUUCCCACUGCAGAUUCCCUGUAAGGAGCCCCCGCUGGUGUGCCAGACCUACUGGGUCCUGUCCACCCAACUGCCCCAGACUCCGGCAGCGGGGCCCCCGAUGGCAGUGGGUACCUCCCCGUGAAACCUGCCAAGCUGGACGCCACAGCUCCGCACGACGACACUUUGGCCAACUCCGUGCCCCCUUUGGAGGUGUGCAACCAUGCAGUCCUAGCCUGCAGCCCGGGCAUCCCUGAGGAGCACUAUGUAAGCGAGGCUGUGGAAGAUGCUCCCAGCUGCAGAGGGUACCGGGAUGCCUGCACCAUCACCGAUGUGUGCAACAGCACCGAUCUUCCGGAAGUCGAGAUCAUCAGCCUGCUGGAGGAGCAGCUGCCCCAUUAUAAGUUAAGAGCUGACACCAUUUACGGUUAUGACCACGACGACUGGCUCCAUACGCCCCUCAUUUCUCCAGAUGCCAACAUUGACCUCACGACCGAGCAAAUUGAAGAGACGCUGAAGUACUUCCUUUUAUGUGCUGAAAGAGUUGGCCAGAUGACUAAGACGUAUAAUGACAUAGAUGCUGUCACUCGGCUUCUUGAGGAGAAAGAGCGGGAUUUAGAACUGGCUGCUCGGAUCGGCCAGUCGUUGUUGAAGAAGAACAAGACACUAACGGAGAGGAACGAGCUUCUGGAAGAGCAAGUGGAACACAUCAGGGAGGAGGUGUCCCAGCUCCGGCAUGAGCUGUCCAUGAAGGAUGAGUUGCUGCAAUUCUACGCCAGUGCUGCAGAGGACAGCGAGCCCGAGUCCGUGUGCUCCACUCCGUUGAAGAGGAAUGAGUCAUCCUCCAACGUGCAGAACUACUUUCAUCUGGAUUCUCUUCAGAAGAAGCUGAAGGACCUUGAGGAGGAGAAUGUCGUGCUCCGAUCCGAGGCCUGCCAGCUAAAGACGGAGACCAUCACCUACGAAGAGAAGGAACAGCAGCUGGUCAACGACUGUGUGAAGGAGCUGAGGGAUGCCAAUGUGCAGAUUGCCAGUAUCUCAGAGGAGCUGGCCAAGAAGACUGAGGAUGCUGCCCGCCAGCAAGAGGAGAUCACACACCUGCUGUCCCAGAUAGUUGACUUGCAGAAGAAGGCCAAAGCUUGUGCCGUGGAAAAUGAAGAGCUGGUCCAGCACCUGGGGGCGGCUAAGGAUGCCCAGCGGCAGCUCACGGCCGAGCUGCGCGAGCUGGAGGACAAGUACGCGGAGUGCAUGGAGAUGCUUCACGAGGCGCAGGAGGAGCUGAAGAACCUCCGGAACAAGACGAUGCCCAACACCACGUCCCGGCGCUACCACUCCCUGGGCCUGUUCCCCAUGGACUCCUUGGCAGCAGAGAUCGAGGGAACGAUGCGCAAGGAGCUGCAGUUGGAAGAACCUGAGUCUCCAGACAUCGCUCACCAGAGGCGAGUCUUUGAGACGGUGAGAAACAUCAACCAGGUCGUCAAGCAGAGGUCUCUGACCCCGUCCCCCAUGAACAUCCCUGGCUCCAACCAGUCCUCAGCCGUGAACUCCCUCCUGUCCAGCUGCGUCAGCACCCCCCGGUCUAGCUUCUAUGGCAGUGAUGUUGGCAACGUGGUCCUGGACAACAAGACCAACAGCAUCAUCCUGGAAGCAGAGUCAGCUGACCUGGGGAAUGACGAGCGGAGCAAGAAGCCCGGGACGCCGGGCACCCCGGGCUCCCAUGACCUGGAAACCGCUCUGCGGCGGCUGUCCCUCCGCCGGGAGAACUACCUCUCCGAGCGGAGGUUCUUCGAGGAGGAGCAGGAGCGGAAGCUCCGGGAGCUGGCGGAGAAGGGCGAGCUGCUCAGCGGCUCCCUCACGCCCACGGAGAGCAUCAUGUCCCUCGGCACCCACUCCCGCUUCUCCGAGUUCACCGGCUUCUCGGGCAUGUCCUUCAGCAGCCGCUCCUACCUGCCCGAGAAACUCCAGAUCGUGAAGCCGCUGGAAGGCUCCGCCACCCUUCACCACUGGCAGCAGUUGGCCCAGCCCCACCUCGGGGGCAUCCUGGACCCCCGGCCCGGUGUGGUCACCAAGGGCUUCCGGACACUGGACGUUGACCUGGACGAAGUGUACUGCCUUAACGACUUUGAGGAAGACGACACAGGUGACCACAUUUCCCUCCCGGGCCUAGCUACCUCCACGCCAGUUCAGCACCCAGAGACCUCAGCACACCAUCCUGGGAAGUGCAUGUCACAGACCAACUCCACCUUCACCUUCACCACAUGUCGUAUCCUGCAUCCUUCAGAUGAGCUCACGCGGGUCACGCCAAGCCUUAACUCGGCUCCAACUCCAGCUUGUGGCGGCACCAGCCACUUGAAGUCCACGCCGGUGGCCACCCCGUGCACUCCACGGAGACUGAGCCUGGCCGAGUCCUUCACUAACACCCGCGAGUCCACGACCACCAUGAGCACGUCUCUGGGGCUGGUGUGGCUGCUGAAGGAGCGGGGCAUCUCCGCGGCCGUAUAUGACCCGCAGAGCUGGGACAGGGCCGGCCGGGGCUCCCUCCUGCACUCCUACACCCCCAGGAUGGCGGUGAUCCCCUCCACCCCACCCAACUCGCCUCUGCAGACACCCACGUCUUCCCCGCCCUCCUUUGAGUUCAAGUGCACGAGCCCUCCCUACGACAACUUCCUGGCUUCCAAGCCGGCCAGCUCCAUCCUGAGGGAGGUGAGGGAGAAGAAGAACGUCCGGAGCAGCGAGAGCCAGACAGACGUGUCCGUCUCCAACCUCAACCUCGUGGACAAAGUCAGGAGGUUUGGCGUGGCCAAAGUGGUGAACUCAGGGCGAGCCCACGUCCCCACCUUGACUGAGGAUCAGGGACCUCUCCUCUGUGGGCCCCCGGGCCCAGCCCAGGCCCUGGUCCCCGGGGGCCUGGUCCCCGAGGGCCUGCCUCUCGGAUGCCCCACGGUCACGAGUGCCAUCGGCGGGCUGCAGCUCAACAGCGGCAUCCGGCGGAACCGCAGCUUCCCCACCAUGGUGGGGUCCAGCAUGCAGAUGAAAGCCCCCGUGACUCUCACCUCGGGCAUCUUGAUGGGUGCUAAGCUCCCCAAACAAACUAGCUUCCGGUGAGGACGGGAGGGGGGCCCUUCCCCUGGAGGAGACCCGUCUUUGCUCCUGCCUCCCUCUCUCCCCCACUGCACUGCGCGUUCUCCCUCUCUCCCCCUCCGCCCCUCCCCUCUUGAGCUAGACAAAUCAACCUCGUGCCUAAUGGGGGAAGAGUGGAGACUUUGUACAGUGUGUACAUAGGACCUGGAGACUUGUAUCCGCCCUGCCCUUCCUCCAUAUCCCACGGGAAGGGCCCUGGCUGUCCCUGCUGUCACCGGGACUUUGUGCGGCCGGGGACAGGGGCAGGCGGGCGGCCCUUUCUCCUCCUCUCCUUUGAGAAGCACUGAAACCCCCCAGUCGUUCUUAUCCCAUGGAUAGGAAACCAGUGAAUCUGUGGCUCCCAGCGCUGUGCAUCGCGAGCCGGCACGGGGCACCGCGCCUCUGCCGGCCGGUGUCUCUGGGCGCCUCCCCUCGCUCGCCCCGGAAGCGCGGCAGGAGCCUCGGGCUGCGGCCCCACGCAGCUGAUGUAGCUUUCAGGAGCGCAGGGCUGUUCUUUCUUUCAGGGGCGGCCCGGCUUCCUCAAGACCUUCACUCCUCUGCUUCAACGGAGAGUCGCUUCUUUUUUUUUGAGGUGGGACUUUUUCUUUCCAUGCCUUCGACCUCAGUCGCCCUUCACUGUCCCGUAAUCAUUCGUCAGGCCGGAGGUCUGACCUGGAAGAAUGUAUCCACGCUCCCGUCGCCCCUUGCGGCAGCCCCCGUGUGUUCUGCGUGAGGGUUCCGUCGUCUGUUUUUUUUUUUAUAGGCAGGGAAGUAAUGGUACUAGAUGGCGCGUCACAGUCCGCGUCCCGUGGCUCCAGGACGCCGACACCGUACGGUUUUCCUCCUACCAAACCGCUGAUGAGAGAGCGGUGGGGCUUGGGGACCCCGUGUCCCAGCCCCGUUAAGCCCAGCCCCGAGACACGUUUAACAAUGCGAUUAAAAGGAAAGCGGGUAGAGGGAGGCGGCUGGGAGUGGAAUCUGUCAGCAGUAAAAGGAACCCCAGCCACCCAAACCAGUUCACGGGAGAAAGGGGGCUGUGGCCGUCUGCUGGUUCCAGUCCUUCCUGGGACGCCCCGAGACUGGUCCGCGUGUCUUCCCGGAUGUGGUCUUCAUGCGGGCAUUCAGCGCCCACACCCUGGGCCCUCACGUCUCGGGCCAGAGUGCUUACCACAAGCUCUCUUCUCCCUCUCCCGCGAAGGCCUGUGCCUAGGAAAAGAUAGGUGCUCGUGGGAAGAACCGUGCGUGAACAAGGGAGCCUGGUCCUGGGGGUGGCGCUGAUGAAGUUCGGACCUUUUAUUUAUUUGUGCUGUGUUUUAAACCUGCGCCCUCCUUUCCGGUUCCGGCGUGGCUGUGGCAUUCCAGUCCAAGCAGGUAACUUAUUUAUUCUAACCUGAGGACUGCGCCGUCCCUCAGUGUUCCGUGGUCCUUUGUUCCAGCCAUCUGCGGAAGGGUAACAUCCCGUGCAGAGGAAGGUGUCGCGUUGCCGGCCCCCGCCCCCUCCCCCAAUGUGUCCAGUUGAGUGAGUGGAAACCCACGCCCGCUGAAGCGUCUUUGAGAAAGUCUCAAAGGAGCAAACGUCAGUCCUCCGAUUUUAGAGUAUUUAUUCUCAGAACACGAAGGUGUGGGCUGUUUCGGUUGUAUGCGUGCACUCACUGCAAGGAGAUUUUUUUAUUUGAAUGUAUUUUAAAGCAGUAGGUAGAACCACAAAGGAGUAUGAAAACCACGAAUUGAAUGGACCACUUUGUGUAUUCAGAGAGGAGCCACCCAUCACCACAAAGGAAAUACCAGUGUAAAAAAUCGGCAAUUCGGAGGUCGCAGUACUUAGUAUAGUUCAUGAUCGACCUUGUGCAACCACUACCAAAAAAGCGUGUUGUAAUGCAUCGAAAAACAAUACAAUUUCCUUCUCUAAUGAAUAUCAAUAAAAUAAGUUCAAAUGAUGGAAACCACA